CCGCCCUCCCUCUGCUUGUCAGGAAGAAAGCUGAUUGGCCGAGGCCUAGCAAAGGGUGCCCGGGGAUCCAAAACUGCAGGCCGCACUUAGCUUACCGUCAAAAAUAAACCAAAACAAUAACAGACAAAACUGAGAAGGUGGAGAAACACCGAUAGAGUCAGAAGACGACGCUAUCAGGGAUUGAUUAACUUGAUGGAAGGAAGCACAUCAAUAACCCUGUUGGUUGUAUUCUAAGGGGUUUGUCAUCAAAUGUGAAGGCUUUUCCCCAAGUAAAGACAUGGAUCAAGGAGGAGGAGUGUUGGAGCUACACACUCAGGAGCUUAAGAUGCCCCACGCUAUGAUCAUGCAAGACUUUGUUGCAGGCAUGGGGGGUCUGGCUCACAUCGACGGGGAGCAUAUUGUGGUGUCUGUGCCUGAGGGUAUGCUUCUUUCUGAUGUGAUGACGGACGAGGGCAUCCUCCUGGAGCAUGAGCUUGAGGUUCAUGGCCUCGAAACCGAGGUGGUGGAAGAACUUGAGACAGAAGUGGUGGAGAGCUUACAUGCAGAUGUUGACUGCUUGGAGGCAGAAGUGGUUGAAGGGCUACAGACACAUGUGGUAGAGCUGGAGGCUCAGGUUGUCGAGGGCCUUGAUGGCGAAGUGGAAGUGGAGGGUCUGGAGGCGCAUGUGGUGGAGGGCCUGGAAACUGAGGUUGAUGUCGAAGACCUGGGCGCUCACGUCGUCGAGGGCCUUGAGGAAGAAGUGGAGGUGGAGGGUUUGGAAGCGGAUGUUGUUGACAGUCUGGAGGUAGAUGUGGAGAGUCUGCAUUCUCAAGGAGUAGAGGCCCAUGAAAUUAGCAAUGAAGACAUGGUGACCUCAGAACACAGUGUGAUCAUGCCUGACAAUAUUCUGGGCACAGAGGUUGCAAUAGAGGAAGAUCUGGACCCCCAUCAUCACCACCACCACCACCACCACCACCACCAUCACCAUGUCCUAACAGCAGACCUCAUCCAGGACUCAAACCACCACCACGAUGACAUGCCAGACCAGGUGUUUGUGGCGGAGCUGCUGUCUGAGCACCAGGACAACACGCUGGACCACCAGCUCGUGUCAGAAGGCUUGAUGGUGACAGAAGCCAACUCGGAGACCAUAAUCCACCAACAGAUGCCAGCGGAGUCGGUCUCCCUGCAGACAGACGAGGAUGAUGAUGCCAGAAGCAGCUCUGAGGAUUACCUCAUGAUCUCCUUAGACGAGGUGGGAGAGAAGCUGGACAUAGGAGACACUCCCCUGGAGAUCAGCACUGAGGUAAUGGAAGACAAGGACUGUAAAGAGGACGGCUCCGAGGUCAUUAAAGUCUACAUUUUCAAAGCUGAAGCAGAUGAUGACUUAGGUGGAACAGAGGUAAUAACAGAGGAUGAUUACCAGAACGGCCAUCCUGACCUGGAAGCUGCAUCGUCAGGCAGACUGGGAGUUGGCCGUGACAAGAUGGUCUACAUGGCGGUCAAGAACCACCUGAAAGAAGAAGAUGAUGAUGAGGAUGACAGUGACGAGGAUGACGAUGAUGACAUCAGUAACACCAUCGAUCAGGUGAAGAAUGGAGCGGCUACACCAUUUCUGCAAAUCCGAGAGGGACUCGGGGCCAACCGGGUCCUCAAACCCAAAACUAAGAAAAAGAAGAAAGGAGACAUUCGGCAGAGUCAAACUGCUGUUAUCAUAGGGCCGGAUGGGUUGCCCUUGACCGUCUACCCCUGUCACUUAUGUGGAAAGAAGUUUCGCUCAAGAGGGUUCCUCAAAUGCCACAUGAAAAACCACCCGGACCACCUGCUCAAGAAGAAGUACCAGUGUACGGACUGCGACUUCACCACCAACAAGAAGAUCAGUUUCCACAACCACCUCGAGAGCCACAAGCUGCUGAGUCACAACGAGCGCUCUCCAGAAUACAGCGAAUACGCGCGGCGCUACCACGAGUCCAGUCCUCUGGGCUCUGACAAGCUCAUCGUGAAGGACCGGGAGCCCAAACUGCAUCACUGCAAGUACUGCGAUUAUGAGACCGCUGAACAGGGUCUUCUCAACCGUCACCUGCUGGCUGUGCACAGUAAGAACUUUGCACACGUGUGCGUUGAGUGCGCCAAGGGCUUCCGCCACCCGUCAGAGCUGAAGAAACACAUGCGGACCCACACGGGCGAGAAGCCCUACCACUGCCCGCACUGCGAGUUCCGCUGUGCAGAUCAGUCCAACCUAAAGACUCACAUCAAGAGCAAGCAUGGCGCCGAUCUGCCUUUCAAGUGCAGCCACUGUCCCCAAGCAUACGCCGACGCACGGGAACUCCAGCGCCACAUAGAGAUGGUGCAAGGUCACAAGACCCACCAGUGCCCACACUGUGAGCACAAGAGCACCAACUCCAGUGACCUGAAACGACACAUUAUCUCCGUGCACACCAAGGACUUCCCCCAUCAGUGUGACGUGUGCGAGAAAGGCUUUCACAGGCCCUCGGAGUUGAAGAAGCACGCGGAAACACACAAGGGCAACAAGGUGCACCAGUGCCGGCAUUGUAACUUCAACGCGCCGGACACCUUCACUUUGAGCCGCCACAUCCUGUCCUUGCACACGAAGGACCUCCCCUUCAAGUGCAAGCGCUGCCGGCGAGGCUUCCGGCAGCCGGCGGAGCUGAAGAAACACAUGAAGACACACAGUGGUAGAAAGGUUUAUCAGUGCCAGUAUUGUGAGUAUAACAGUACGGACGCUUCCGGCUUCAAGCGCCACGUUAUCUCCAUUCACACCAAGGACUACCCACACCGCUGCGACUACUGCACCAAGGGUUUUAGGAGGCCUUCGGAGAAGAGCCAGCACAUAGCCAGGCACCACAAAGACAUGUUGAUGUAAUGUCAUCGCACACACACACAAACACACUCCUCCUCCUCGUCCUCCCCCAGUAAAUCUGUGUCACACACCCAGAGGUAAUUUUAGUGUAUUAACAAUAAAUUGACAGAUGUAUGCUGUUGAUGAAGACGACAACAUCAUCAUCGCCGUUCUGUGUUCUGUGUUGUAAUGGGUGUAACCCUCCUCCCCCAGGGGUAAUGCAAGAACACAUUUUAGAUGGGAGGGGGGGAGUGUAAAAAAAAAAAAGAAAAGACAAUGUGUACACUGAGUGGGACAGCUGUAAAUUGUGUUUCGUUUUGUUGCAGAAAAAUCACAUAUGAACAUAUAUUCAGGGUCUCAAAUGUCUAUAUUUUUAUACCCCACUCAGCGGAAAUGCUGCAAGAUGAUGACUGUGUCCUGUAAAUCAGAAAGUGGUGCUUAGUGAACGUCAUGCCAGUUCUUCAGAGGAUGUGGAAUGUGUACCGGAGAAGUUUACCUCCAUAGUACCAACUAGCAUCUCCUUAUUAACCAGCUUUCACCCAGACAUCUGUGUUCAAUGCCCGUCACGUCUUGAGGGCAGGGCCACUCAUAAGUUCCUAGAUAGUUUUGAGUGAUGUUCACACACAUGACGCAACUUGAGAAGAUAGUUCAUCAACAUUUGAACUUCUAUCGGAUUGGAUUUCCCUCCCAAACUCUUGGAGUUCCACUAAAUUAAUCAUUUAUGAUAUAGGCUGUAUUCUAUUAAAUAUGUCUUAAAAGCUGAAUCAGAGAUUUUCUGGUCUGAUCAGCGGUGUCUAACACGGAGGAGGAACAGUGCCGCUGGUAUGUUAGUAGAAUAUCCCUUUAGUUUACGCGACACAUUUCCCAUAGUUCACAGGUGUAUUUAUAUGGACUUGGCAGAUGGUUGGCUUCACGUUCGGUAACCUUUGACCUGAUGACAUCUGACGGCCAUUGUAAGCUGCAUAUGAGCGAUGUUACCUGAGGCACUGGCGUGCUCUCAGCUAGCAUCGACUGCAAUGCUGCCUUACAUCGGUCUCCCCCUAAGCACUGAUGAACACAGCGAAUCAGAAAGGAAGUGAUUUUUAACUCUCAAACAUACUGCAUCAAACCAUUCUCUCCGAGAUUGUGUGUUUGAGUCAGUAGAAAGCACUUUAAUAAGUUUUUUUUUUGUAUUUUAAUUACGUGUAUACAUAUAUAUAGAUAUUUAAAUAUAUCUAUAUAUAUAUAAAACUUAGAUAAUAAACAAUUACAGAGGUUUGUGAGUUGGUAAAAGAAAAGUUUGUUUUGAGUGUUAUCGCUAGCAAGUGGGCACAAUCCAUUACUGUAUCCAAACGGAAUUUUAUUGAAAGUGGUGGGUUAACCAUUUAUUGUUUUGUUCUAUGGAUAAGUGAUCUGGUUUUGUGUUUUGUUUGUGGUCACUAACACGUUUCCCCGAUCCUCGUCAUUAUACACCCCAAAUCCCAAACAUGGGAGUAUUCCCCUGAAGUCAGUGAUCAUAUUGGCAUUAGUUCUUAAAGUACACAUGCUGUCUCCAUGAAAGUAAUUGUGGUAUAUAUUAAAAAUCCCCACAUUUUGUGUACCUUUAGUCUAUAUUUUCUUUCAGUCUGAUUGUGGAUAAACUACUGGUGGGGAAGAACCAAAAUAAACAAUUAUCUUUUUA